GAAGUCGUUACUUGGUCAUCACAAGUACACAAAGAAGAAACCAGGGCGGAACUUUUGUUUCGGGAGCUCAGUCCGGCGGAGCGGAUUCUGCGUCGCACCACAGUUACAUGUUUGUGAUCGAGCCGGAAGCUUCGAGUUACUCAGGUGAGUGUCCCUGCUGACUCCAGGACCGACCAUGCUGCUGUCUCUCCUGCUGCGUCCGUCCCUCCCCUCCCCUCACGUCUCCACACUGUUGUCACAAUGUGUCCGGACGUUGCGGUUUGAUGCCGGCAGGACGCUGCACUCUCAGACCGAACACUUCCUGUGGCCAAGGCUCGCACCGCGCUUCCACAGCCGAGGGGUCAAGAGCAGAGGCAGGAAGAGCCGGGGCCAGGAGGACGACUGGAAGACCAGGAACAAGACGGUGCUGACCUACAUCGCUGCAGCCGGGGUGGGGAUGAUCGGCCUGUCGUAUGCCUCAGUGCCGCUCUACAGACUCUACUGUCAGGCGGCCGGGCUCGGCGGCACGGCGGUGGCCGGCCACGACACGAGUUUGGUGGAGACGAUGACGCCAGUGAAGGAGCGUGUCCUCAAGAUCACCUUCAACGCAGACACACACGCCAGCAUUCAGUGGAACUUCCGACCGCAGCAGACGGAGAUCUUUGUGGUUCCAGGUGAGACGGCGCUGGCUUUCUACCGAGCCAAGAACCCCACGGACAAACCGAUCAUCGGCAUCUCCACCUACAACGUGGUUCCCUUUGAGGCGGGACAAUACUUCAACAAGAUCCAGUGUUUCUGCUUCGAGGAGCAGCGCCUGAACCCACACGAGGAGGUGGACAUGCCCGUCUUCUUCUACAUCGACCCAGAGUUUGACGAGGACCCGAGGAUGGCCCGAGUGAGCACCAUCACCCUCUCAUACACCUUCUUCGAGGCCAAGGAGGGCGACAAACUCCCUCUGCCCGGAUACAGCUACAAGUGAGCCAACGACCCCCCCCCCCCCCGAGGGGACCUGAACCAGGACUCUUUUCUUUGAGGCCGAAGCUUCAACCAGAGACUUUGAAUAGAGACGACGACGUGUCUCCACUUCCUCCAGAAGAAAAAUAUUUUUUUUCUUAGAACAAUAGUUAUUCACAUCACAAUAUAUAGAUUCCAAGAUUCCUUUCUUUCAUGGACGACACUCAGUGGAAGAGAAAAGUCUUUGGAUUCAUUUUUCUUGUAAAGAAAAGACCUGAAGUGUUUCCUGGACGAGUCGAAGCCUCGCGCUGCUGAUAUGAUUCUGGGUGUGAGAGACUGUUAUAGUUGAUAAUGAUUAAAUUAUUGUAUAGUUGAUUGAUUAACUGAUAAAGACUGAAGGAAAAUCAAUAAAUAUGACUGAUGGAGAGAUUUAA